ACGGGGCGAGGAUCGCGCCGCCCGCCGCCGGCCGAGCUGCGGUGCGCGCUGCCUCGCUCCGCCCUGUCCCGCCGCGGCGCAAGAUGGCGGCGCGGCUGCUCCGCCUGCGGGGGUUGCUGAGGGCCGCGGGCCCCCGGCCCUUCUCUGCCCAGGCGAGUCCUCUGCAAACUGAACAGCAUGGCACAAAGCGCCAAGAACCAUCUUCUGCUAAAAGUUUGAUUGAUAUAGGCACUCGGAGGAUCUUUUCAUCAGAUCAUGAUAUCUUCAGGGACAGCGCCAGGAAGUUCUUUCAGGAAGAAGUGCUGCCUUUUCAUGCAGAAUGGGAAAAGGAUGGCCAGGUGAGCAGGGAGCUCUGGGAAAAGGCUGGACAGCAGGGUUUGCUGGGUGUUGCUAUUGCUGAAAAACAUGGAGGCAUUGGAGCAGAUAUUCUCUCUUCAGCUAUAGUCUGGGAGGAGCAGAUGUAUGUUAACUGUACAGGCCCAGGAUUCAGUCUUCAUUCAGAUAUAGUCAUGCCCUACAUUGCAAACUAUGGCUCUGAAGAACAGAUUAAACGCUUUAUCCCUGAAAUGGUUGCAGGCAGGUGUAUUGGAGCUAUUGCCAUGACAGAACCUGGGGCUGGCAGUGACUUGCAGGGAGUACGAACUUAUGCAAAAAAAGAUGGAAGUGACUGGAUUCUUAAUGGGAGUAAGGUAUUCAUCACUAAUGGUUGGAUGAGCGAUGUAGUGAUCGUGGUUGCAGUUACAGACCGGGAGGCCCGAUCUCCUGCUCACGGAAUCAGCCUUUUUCUGGUGGAAAAUGGAACAAAAGGUUUCAUCAAAGGACGCAAGCUGAACAAAAUAGGCCUGAAAGCUCAAGACACAGCAGAGCUGUUUUUUGAAGAUGUGCGGUUGCCAGCCAGUGCCUUGCUUGGAAAAGAGAAUAAAGGCUUCUAUUACCUCAUGGCAGAGCUCCCUCAGGAAAGACUGCUAAUUGCUGAUAUGGCUCUUGCUGGUUGUGAAUUCAUGUUUGAAGAAACAAGGAAUUAUGUGAAGCAGAGAAAAGCUUUUGGGAAGACAAUUGCACACUUGCAGACAGUACAACACAAGUUGGCAGAAAUGAAAACGCAGAUUUGCGUGGGCCGAGCUUUUAUGGACAACUGUUUGCAGCUGCAUGCAGAUAAACGUCUGGACUCCUCCACAGCUUCUAUGGCAAAGUAUUGGUGUUCUGAUCUGCAAAACAGCAUAGCUACACAGUGUGUGCAACUGCAUGGAGGAUGGGGGUACAUGUGGGAGUAUCCAAUUGCAAAAGCUUUCGUGGAUGCCCGUGUUCAGCCAAUCUAUGGAGGUACCAAUGAAAUAAUGAAAGAACUUAUUGCUAGAGACAUUGUCAGUGACAAGUAGGGCAGAUGCUUACUACUUUGGAGUCCUUCAGAGUCCUUUUAUGUUAACAUAUGGCAUAAAAUCAGACAUCAGAAUGUAAGUAAAAUAAUUGUGGUGUAUCAAAUUUUUUCAGGGAAGUGACACUUUUAAAAAAAAGUGUUGAUAACAACAGUGUGCUCAUAUGCAGGAUAUCUAAUAUUUGAUGAACUUUCAAGUUAAAUAUCUUUGGACAACAGAGGGUAGGUAAUUCUCUGGGUUCCAGAAGUUCUGGUAGUGAAAGGCAGUUUUGUGUGUGGAACAUUUAUAGUUUGAUAUUUCAGGCUUGAUACUGUUACAUUGAAUCCAACCCUCGCUUUUCAGAAUCAAACCUUUUCCAGAGAAGCCACGUUCCUUACCAAUAAACAGAAGUUAAAGGUUAAUGUAACUUUGAAUUUAUGUUUCCCCUUGAAAAGUAUCAUUCUGCAAAGCGGAACUUGAAACUUUUGCUACUGUUACUAUGCACCUGCUUACUGCACCGCAUCCACCUGCUGUAGGACCGGGGAAUGCACCACUGACCUCUAUGUUUACAUGUAACCCAGAAUGCCUUAUUUUAAUUACUUUGUUCAAUUAAAUAUAAUAAAGCAUUUCUAUGCAAUCUCA